AUGAGUUUUGCCCCUAUUAAUCAAAAAAAUAAUGUUUAGAAGGUAGCCUCUCCAGGUACUUCUCAGUAAUCUUUCUAAAAAAGAACUGUACCAUUAGAUUCUCCUGGAUCAUAAAGAGAUGUGUUGAUGCCAAGCAAUCAAAAUAACUUAAAUAUUGGGCUUCAAAAUAGACUAGAAGUAAUUGAAAGCCAUCUUAAUAGAGUUUGCAACUAGCAUGAUGCACUUAUGCCCUUACUUUCAUUGCUCGAAACAGUACCUAAAAUUAAUAAUAACGAAUAAGCUAUGAAGUAAAUGUAGAAAAAAAUAUCAGAUUUAGAAACUAAAUUAGAAAAAUUAGAAUAAAACUGCAACUCUAAAAAUAAUCCCCAUGUCUUUGUUCAAAUAGACCGUAACUUUAAGAACACAUCAUAGCUCAUAACAUAAAUGAAAAGUGAAAUGAAAGAUAUUUAAACUUAAUUGCAAAACAACACAAAGUAAAAUUCAUCAUAGCUGAGAGAAGAAUCUUAAAAUCUUGUCAGAAGCGUUGAAGUUAGGAUUGACAAGAAUAAAAAAGACAUUCAAAAUUUACUAGCAGAGUUCAAAAAUUCUAUAUCUUUGUCAAUAAAGAGAUAAGAAGACUUCUAACAUACUUUCAAAGGAUCUGGUGAACCAAAUGAGCAUUUUGAAAGAAACCUUCAAGAUAAGGUUGAUGGAUAUAUUGAUACAAUUCAAAAAUAAUAUGAUAGAGAUAUUAACAAUCUCUACAGGGAAAUAGGAAUGCUUAGAAGUGAAUUGGAGUAAUUCUAUGACAAGGGUCGCAAAGCAUAUAUAUUUAAUAAAAUUAAUGAAUUCCCUCCUAAUUUAGAUCAUGAAGAAAAGAAGAUUGCAAUUGCUAACAUCGAAUAAUCAGUUUUCUUUGAAGAUAUUGAAAGAUUCGAUAUUGAAAACUAAGAAAGAUUAGUCUAUGAAUUGGAUUGCCUAGAAGAUAAGGUAAUAAUAAUAUUCUUGAUUAAAGACUAGCUAGCUCUAAUAUAUGUUUUUAUUAGCUUUUAAAUUUAUUUUACAAAAAUAUGUGUGGAAUUAAGUUUGUAAAUGAAAAUAAUUUUUAAAAUAUAGAUAGCAUAGUUGAGUUACUUAACAAUGAAUGGAAAGAAUUAGAGUGAAAUCAAGUAAGAGGUCACAUUUUUGGAAGAUAGAUUCUUCUCAUUAAAAAAUCAAAUUCAUGGAACAAAAAAGAAAUAUUUAGUUGAUGUUAGAAAAAUCGAAGACAGACUUGAGAAACUAAUGAUUAUGAAAGAUCAAUAGCUUGAAAAAACUGGUUACCAAAUGAAUAAAAUGGAUAAUUUAGUCUAAGAGAGCAUUCAAGAAAUUGACCAUUAUCCUGAACGUAUCAAGUAAUUAAAUGACUCAAUCAACACAAAUGUUGAGCUCCUCCAAGCAAGAUAAAAAGAAAUUGACGAGAAACUGAAUUUGCUUAAGAUGAUCAGAAACUGA